CUUUGUUGCAGGCCCGGGAUGAUGCUGGUGUUGGUCGGCGCGCUGUUGUUCGCGGCUCCCUGGAGCGCCCACGCCUGCCCCGAGCUGUGUGUGUGCCAGGACAAAUACUCACACCAGUUCGCCGACUGCGCCUACAAGAACCUUCGCCUCCGUCCAGACAACCUGCCCCAGAAUGUCACUACCCUCAGCCUGUCGGCCAACAAGAUCAAGUCGCUUGAGCACUCGUUCCUGGGGCUGCCGCAUGUCACCUCCCUGUGGCUGGCCCACAAUGAGAUCUCCACCAUCGAGGACGGGACUUUGGCUAAAUUGUCCCAACUCAACCUGGACAUCAGCCACAACCAGAUCGCCCGCUUCCCGUGGCGGGACCUCUACAACCUCACCUCCUUGCAGCUUCUGAAGAGAACAACAAUUUCCUUUUCGGUUGCCAUGGAUGCCUUCUCCAACCUCAAGGAUCUGCGCUCUCUCCGUAACAGUAACCGCAUCCGCACCUUCCCGCGGGGCACCUUCGACUCCUUGACCUCUCUGUCCCAUCUCCAGAUCUACACCAACCCCUUCUCCUGCGACUGCCGGCUGGAGUGGCUGAAGGAAUGGGUCCUCCAAGCGCUCAUCUCCAUUCCAGAGAAACAGGACAUCCAGUGCUCCGAGCCGGUGGGGCUGAAGGGGACGGCGGUGGUGGAUAUCCCCCCGUUACACUGCGCCGCGCCUCAGGUCCACCUGAGCUACCACGCAAGCAACGACACGGCCGGCUUCUUCCAGGGCCAAACCCUUACCGUUCACUGCAACUCCACGGGCAACCCCGCGCCCCAGAUCCGCUGGAAGGUGCGGACAUCCAACACGGAGGUCGACCUCAACGAGGCGAGGGCAGGGGCGAUGGCGAGAGUGGAAGGGAGGGUGUUGGCCAGCGGCAAGGAGGGGGAACAGGAGCGCUUUGGUGGCCCUGAAGAAACGGGACGCUGGUCAUUCCCCCGCCUGACCAAGUACGAAGAGGGGGUCUACACUUGCAUGGCCAGCAACCUGUUAGGAAGCAACGAGUCUUCCUUGGAAGUGGUGCUUAGUCCCAAUGCAAAACGGGACCCCGGCUACACUAAGGGGCGUGCGCCGAGCCCCAGCGCCUCCACCAAGCUCCGGGCGAAGGGAGGACUCACCAGCGGGCCCAACCUACAGGGGAAGGUCGGUCAACUGGAGCCCACGGCGGUCGGCAAUCCCACACGAGACCCUGCCCCAAGCGCCGCGGACGCACUGAACUGCGCCAAGAGAGAUCUAAGCCGCUUCAUCUCCAACCACGCCUUCAAUAUGAGCUCAGAGAUGAAGCCACGGACCUUUGAUUUCGGGGUACUGGCCAUGGAGGUGAGUGACAACGACGCCAGGGUCCAGUUGACUCCUUUCCAGAGCCCGGCGGGCGCCAGGAAGCCCCAGAUGUUGUUCCUGUGUUGGGGGCAUGUGCCGGGAGAGGUGUCGGUGGUCCAGUGGUCCACCAUCGAGAGCGGGGUCAACUCGUACCGCUUCCAGAAGCUGAAGCCGGGAUCCAACUACACGCUAUGCUUCACCCACACCGACUGCCACGACUGCCAAGUGCAAGUGGUCUUCACCACUCGGAGGAAGAUCCCAUCCUUGUUCAUCAUGGUCGUGGUGAGUUGCAUCCUCCUGAGCGUGGCCACCGUGCCCUUGCUUGGGGCUACCUGUUGUCACCUGAUGUACAAGUACCAGGGCAAGACCUACAAGUUGAUUAUGAAGACUCAGGUCCCGGGCAGCGUGGAGAAGGAAGCGGGCAGCCCUUUCGAAGCGGCCGCCGCCGCCUCUACUCUGCACGGCUCGGCUCAGGCCUACGAAGCCAGCGAGGCUGGGGGAGAAGGAGGCAGCCUAGAUGCCGAGGGCAGGUCAGAGUCUCAGGUCAAAGCCAACCCGGACGAGUUCGAGGUUUACUCCGAGUACAGCGACCGCCUGCCGCUGGGGGCAGAAGCCGUUAACAUCGGCGAGGAGAUCAAUGGCAACUACAGGCGACCAGUGCGCUGAGGCCAAAGAUCGCCAACGAUCGCCAGCCACGACUAACUAACCCAACCGCAGAUAACACAACAAAAACCCAAAUCUCGCCCAGGAUU